CCAUGUAAAAUCUGUCUACUAUGAUUGAUUUAGCUAGCAUAAAAAGUUACGUUAAUGUUGAAUCUGUCAGUAAACUUGUCUUAUCGCUGUCCAACAGAAGAAGAUGAGGCCAACCGGAUGGGAGAGAAAGUGAUAUUAAGGGAACAAGUUAAAGAGCUCUUCAAUAAAAAAUAUGGUGAAGCUUUGGGUCUGGAGUGCUCAGUCAUUGUUCCAUACAAGUUAAUCCGUGCCAAUCCAGGCUCACUGGAAGUGUGUGGACUUCCGGAUGAUAUUCCCUUCAGGAAUCCUAAUACUUAUGACAUAGUUAGGUUGGAAAAAAUCCUGCAAGCCCAAGAUGAAAUUACUUUCAAUAUCAAAACCCCUCUACAGCCUUUCACAGAGUUAUGUACUCAAUCUUGUAAUAAAGAAGGUAAAGAAGUGUCUACAAAUCGACGCAAACGUAAACGAGUACUUGACAACAGUCAAGCAUCCAUGCCCACUGGAGCAGACUCAACACUAU